UGAGCUUGAUUGCAUAGCCUAUACAAAUACUGUAGAGGCUGGAAUAUCAUUUGAAGUUACAGGCUACUUCAAUAUAGUUAUAGCUAUUACAAAUAUCGCCACUCCAGUUCAUGUUGAGAAAAAUUCUAAUGAACUUUUUCGUCCACCAGGUCGUGAAAAUAUUCAGCAGAAUUUGCAAAGACAAGGAUACGAUGAAGAUAGUGCAAUAAAAGGUUUAGUUACUAAAGACUUUGCACAGUGGGAGGAUAUCUGUUUUAAAGCUGGAAAUAAUUUAAAAAAUCU